UGCGAAAAUAAAAUUCCAAACACGUCCGUGGUGUGUGAAAUCUGUCACAAAAAUUAAUUCGAAUCGUCGGCAUCAGACGAGCGAACGGAAUAAGCAAAAGUGCUGACGUGAAUGUGCUGGCCAGAUUUGUGAAUCUAGUAAAAAGGUUGUAAUUUCUGUUAAAUGCAACAAUCACUUUCAGCUUUUCUUAGUAGGAUAGUACAGUUUCGUACCGGUUGUGCUGUGACCUUAAAGCAGGCCUCAUUUUUCUGCAGCUCGACGCUAUUAGGUCAGAAAUUUCAUCAUUCUGCUCAGCCGAAUCAAUACUGUCUGCAGCACCGAAAGUACCUUAGUCAUCAAGCCGCUGAAGCAAGCCGUAAGAACUGGGGUUCUAACAAGAAACAUCGGGAUUUAAAGUUGAAACAACAGCUGUUGGAGAAUAUGUCGCUUGAUCCGAAGAUUGAGGAAAUAUUGGCUCCGCUGCGGCAAGCCGUUAAGAAACAGGGAGACCUGGUCCGCAAACUGAAAAGCGAAAACGCUCCUGAAAUCGAUGUAAAGAAAGCGGUCAAUGAACUGAAAGUUCAGAAGAAGAUUUUGGAGGAGAAGGAACUCAGCUUGGCCCCCGCUGUUGCCACUUUUGAUCGCGCUCGAAUGGAAGAUCUCUUAAAGCGUAGAUUUUUCUACGAUCAAAGUUUUGCCAUUUAUGGCGGAAUUACCGGUCAGUAUGAUUUUGGACCGAUGGGAUGCGCACUGAAGUCCAACAUGAUUAACACUUGGCGGCAGUUUUUUGUUCUGGAGGAACAAAUGCUGGAAGUCGAUUGUUCGAUUCUGACUCCGGAACCUGUACUGAAAGCUUCUGGGCACGUUGAUCGAUUUGCGGAUUUGAUGGUCAAAGACGUUAAGAACGGGGAAUGUUUCCGUUUGGAUCACUUGAUUAAGAAUCAUCUGGAGAAAAUCUCAUCGGCGAAAGAUGCGACUGCGGAGUUGAAGGACGAGUGUACAGAUAUCGUUAUAAAGUUGGAUGGCAUGAACAAGGCCGAAAUGGCUGCGAUCUUGGAAAAGUUUUCGAUGAAAAGUCCAAUCACUGGUAAUGAUCUUACGGAACCGAUUGAGUUCAAUUUGAUGUUCGGAACGCAGAUUGGUCCGACUGGACUGGUAAAAGGAUUUUUACGGCCGGAAACUGCCCAAGGGAUUUUCGUUAAUUUCAAGCGAUUGUUAGAGUUCAACCAGGGAAAACUUCCAUUCGCUGCUGCCCAAAUCGGUAACUCUUUCCGUAAUGAAAUUUCGCCUCGAUCGGGGUUGAUUAGAGUUCGGGAAUUCACCAUGUGUGAGAUUGAGCAUUUCUGCGAUCCGCAGCAGAAAGAUCAUUCGAAGUUUGAGAACGUAAAGGACGUCAUGAUGACUCUGUACUCGGCUUGUAACCAAAUGGAUGGAAAAAGUGCACAGCAAAUCACGAUUGGCGAUGCCGUUGCCAGUGGACUUGUUGCUAACCAGACUCUGGGCUAUUUCAUGGCUCGCAUUCAACAGUUUAUGCUUAAGAUUGGAAUUCUGCCGGAUCGAUUGCGAUUCCGUCAGCACAUGGGCAAUGAAAUGGCCCACUAUGCGUGCGAUUGCUGGGAUGCUGAAUGUUUAACCAGCUACGGUUGGAUUGAGUGCGUUGGCUGUGCCGAUCGCUCGGCAUACGAUCUUACGCAGCACAUGAACGCAACUGGAGUCAAGUUGGUGGCGGAGAAAAAACUUCCUGCUCCGAAAACGAUUGAAGUUACAGAGGUAGUACCAAAUAAAGCAGCUAUUGGGAAAGCGUUCAAGAAGGAAGCUAAAAAUAUAACCGACUUGCUGGCGAAAUUGAGCCUGUCGGAUGUGGAAACAAUUGGUCAAAGUUUGUCCGCUUCUGGCGAGUACAAUCUGAAUCUAAACGGAACCGACGUGACUCUCAAGAGUGACAUGAUAGCCGUCAAAACAAACACUAAAACCGUUCACGUCGAAGAGAUCAUUCCUAGCGUGAUCGAACCGUCGUUUGGAGUUGGUAGAAUUAUGUACUCACUGCUGGAGCACAGCUUCCGAAUGCGUGAAGGCGACGAACAACGAAGUUACUUCUCUUUGCCUCCUGUGGUAGCACCACUCAAGUGCUCAGUUCUUCCGUUGAGCAACAAUGCAGAAUUUGUUCCUUUCGUUAAAAAGAUCUCAUCUGCACUGACCAGCGUUGACGUCUCCCACAAGGUGGAUGAUUCUAGCGGAUCGAUUGGUCGACGAUAUGCCCGCACGGACGAAAUUGCCAUUCCAUACGGAAUUACGAUCGAUUUUGACACCUUGAAUGAACCGAACAGUGUUACACUACGCGAACGAGACUCUAUGAAGCAAGUUCGAAUCGCGCUGGAUCAGGUGGCAGAAGUCGUACGUAAUCUAUCGACCGGAAAACUUAGCUGGGCGGAUGUGGAGAAUGUGUAUCCGAAGUUCGAACAACAGGAAGCAAGUUCUAAAUAAAGCUUUUCGAUCAGCAUAGGCUACUUUUUACGAAAGAUUGUUUAUGACUUAAUACGCAUUUCUCCAUAAGAAAUAAAAUUUAUUUAACAA